UCACCAAACACAAAAAGUAUGCAAAUGUCUAACCCAACAACACUUGAGCCUCUUGUUUCAUGAAUAUGACCACUAUUCAUUCAUCCUCCUCAGCAGCUGAAUCCACCAUGGAAGACCCCUCAAACCGCCACCGCCCCAAGAAGAACCGCCGCCGCCGCCACCCGUCGACCACCGUCAACACCACCACCGGGGAGUCAGACGGGGAGGUGGAGGAGGCGGAGGACGGGGACCCCGAGGUUUGGGCGAACCUGAACAAGAGCUUCCGGCAGGUGCAGUCGGUGCUUGAUCGGAACCGCGAGCUGAUUCAACAGGUGAACGAGAACCAACAGUCAAGGAUAGCCGACAACAUGGUAAAAAACGUGUCUUUGAUUCAGGAACUCAACGGGAACAUAUCCAAGGUUGUCUCUCUCUACUCUGAUCUCAAUUCCAAUUUCACAAACGUGUGCCAUCAGCGUUCCAACAACUCUGCUAAUAACAGCCGUGACAAAUAAAAGGGUCUUUUUUCUUGUUCUUGUUCUUGUUCUUGUUCUUGUACCAUUACUCUACUUUGUCUCUCUUUCCCUCUCCCUUACAGUAUAGUAGUAAUAAGUGGCUAUUUCUAAUAAAUAUUAUAUUAUGUAUCUGAUCUUUGUUGGAGUUGAAAAAUUGUGAUGGUAAUUUUGGACAUUGUUUUGUCAUCAUGUCAAUAAGGACUAUGAAGGCGAAUCAUUGUAUCGUCCUAUUUCACUUCUAUACAUAUUGAGGUGGUUAUGAUCUUCUAUUGAUGGCAUCUUG